AUGCCUAAAUCAAAGAGAGACAGACCAGUGACUUUGUCGAAGACGAAGAAGAAAGGAAGAGAGCACAAAGAGUGUAUUGUGAAUGGAAUCAGAGAGGCAGUGGAGAAGUUCACAUCGGUCUAUGUUUUCUCAUUUGAAAACAUGAGAAAUCUCAAAUUCAAAGAGUUUAGACAGCAGUUUAGGCACAAUGGAAAGUUCUUCCUUGGCUCGAACAAAGUCAUGCAGGUUGCUAUCGGCCGCUCUGCUUCUGAUGAGAUCCGUCCUGGUAUCUACAAAGUAUCCAAGCUGCUUCAUGGUGAUGCUGGACUUCUUGUUACUGAUAUGCCAAAGGAAGAGGUCGAAAGCUUGUUUAACGCUUAUGAAGAUGCCGACUUUUCAAGAACCGGAAGCACUGCUGUUGAAACGGUUGAAUUGAAGGAAGGUCCUUUAGAACAGUUCACACAUGACAUGGAGCCGCUUCUUAGGAAGCAGGGUAUGCCUGUUAGACUCAACAAAGGUACGAUAGAGUUAAUCUCCGACUUUGUAGUUUGUGAAGAAGGGAAACCACUCUCGCCAGAAUCUUCCCGCAUUUUGCGUCUGUUGGGGAUGAAGUUGGCUACUUUCAAACUGAGCUUAGUCUGCAGAUGGAGCCCUAGUGGCCUUGAGCUUUACCGUGAGGGUUUGGAUCUCUCUGACGUUGAAACCUCUUAG